AUGAUCCUGAUUCAUUUCAUCACUUUGGUGUUUGUGUUGGAUGUGUGUGUGUGCGACUCCGAGCUGGCGCCCCCCGGCUGGAGGGAACCUCUGGACUGCGUCCGGGCCUCCGAACUGUGCAACCAGAACAGCCAGUGCAGCUCGCGUUACCGGAUCAUGCGCCAGUGCCUCUCCGGUGGAGACAAGGAGCGCAGCGCCAUGCUGGCCUCCAAGGAGUGCCAGGGGGCGCUGGAGGUGCUGCAGGACUCGCCGCUGUACGACUGCCGCUGCAAGAGGGGCAUGAAGAAAGAGCUGCAGUGUCUGCAGAACUACUGGAGCAUCCACAUGGGUCUGACUGAGGGGGAGGAGUUUUACGAGACGUCUCCGUACGAGCCGAUCAGCUUCUCAGAGGAGUUCCGGCACGCCUCCAUCAUCUCAGCAUUAGAUUCGUCCCUGUCGAAGACGAGCCCCUGCUCUGAAGCAGGGAAACCCUGUAACCCCUGUCUGGACGCAGCCAAGGCCUGUAACCUCAACGAGACGUGUAAACGUCUGCGAUCGGCCUACAACUCUAUCUGCAGCAAGGCCACGCCCCCGCAGCCCUCUCUGGCCAAUCAGGAGCCGUGCAGUCGGAAAAGAUGUCAGAAGGCCCUGCGUCAGUUCUUCGAGCGCGUCUCGUGGGAGCUGAGCUACCCGCUGCUGUUCUGCUCGUGCCCGGAUCAGGCGUGCGCCGAACGCCGCCGCCGCACCAUCGUUCCUUCCUGCUCCCACCAGGAGAGGCACAAACCCACCUGCCUGGAGCUCAGACGCACCUGCCGCUCCGACGCUCUCUGCAGGUCUCGACUCGCAGAUUUCCACAUGAACUGCCAGAUGACGUCUCACGCCGUCACCAGCUGCCCCCACGACAACUACCACGGCUGCCUGAUGUCCUACGUCGGCCUCAUCGGUUCGGAUGUAACGCCUAACUACAGCGACAGCAGUCCUUCCAACAUCACCAUCAGCCUGUGGUGCACCUGCAGGGGAACAGCCAAUCAGGAGCCAGAGUGUGAGGCUUUCCACCGGGACUUCACACACAACACCUGCCUCAAAAACGCCAUCCAGUCGUUCGGUUACGGCUCCGAGGGAGGAGCUCUUCCGGUAACCGAGCCGACGUCCACCUUCUUGCCGCCCGCUCAGCCGCCAAUCAUCUCCAAGCCGGCCCCCUCGCUACACGGCAACGCAAUCAAACCCAUGGACAGCGCUUGUGUGUUUUCCACGUGUGCUAACCUGCAGGACGGAGGUCAGAAGUGCGUCUCCUCCGACGAGUUUGAGUGCGAGGAGAUGUCAACCAACGGGCGUCCAAACAUCGACGGCGGCCGUCGGAGGAGGGACAGCGAGGACGUUCAGACGAGCCGUCUCUCUCGGCCACACGCAGGCGAUGAAGCAGCAGAAUGGAGGAAGAUGAAGAAGAAGAGGCUGGACUGA